GAGGUGCCGCGGAGGGGCUGGGCUCAGCCCUUACCUGUUCAACCUGCGCGGCGGCAGAGAGUCCACGCCCCACUGAGUCAGGCGAAGCUGCACCUUUAACCUGCCCUGACUGGGUGGCACGGUUGCUCCCUUCUCCCGCCCUGCCACCCCCUUGUUUCAAAGGUUUCCCCACCCAUCUGCCCUCAUUCCAAACAAGAGCCUCUCUUUGCACAGGUGAACCUCGCUUCUUUCCGCCCCUCCCUCCCUCCUUCCCCCCAUGCUCUUUCUGCUUUAAACUUGGGGUUUCACUGCAAAAGGAAAAAAAAACCAGCAACCUAGCCUUUACCUCCUUCCUGGUUUGUUGGACAAGGGCAGAGAAGGGACCCCUUUGCUCCAGCUGAAGUGGGCCCAGGAGGGCAGCAAGCCAUGGGGACCUCAGAGGAAGAUUAUAACUUUGUCUUUAAAGUGGUCUUGAUUGGAGAAUCAGGAGUCGGGAAGACCAACCUGCUCUCCCGGUUCACCCGCAAUGAGUUCAACCACGACAGCCGCACCACAAUUGGGGUGGAGUUCUCCACUCGUACCAUCCUGGUGGGAGAUGCCUUGGUGAAAGCGCAGAUCUGGGACACGGCUGGCCUGGAGCGCUACCGGGCCAUUACUUCGGCUUAUUACAGAGGCGCAGUGGGAGCCCUCUUGGUUUUCGACAUCACCAAGCACCAGACGUAUGACGUGGUGGAGCGCUGGCUGAAGGAGCUGUAUGACCACGCAGAGGCCACCAUCAUUGUGAUGCUGGUGGGCAACAAAACAGAUCUGACCCAAGCCCGGGAGGUCCCAACAGAGGAAGCCAAGAUGUAUGCAGAAAACAAUGGUCUGCUCUUUAUGGAAACCUCUGCGCUGGACUCCACAAAUGUUGAAUUGGCUUUUGAAACUAUCUUGAGAGACAUUUUCAACAAAGUGCAGAAACAGAAGCAGAAAAGCCCCCUGGAGAACACCGUUUCGCUCUCUGCCGAACACACUGAUGCAGCCUCCACCUCUCAAGCUGUGGAAGGGAAGCGAGCUUGUUGCUUGAACCUCUGAAGUGAGGGUCGCACGUGAGGAACAUCAGCCGUGUUGA